AAAAGGUGACCAGUCUGGCGUCAAGUGUUUUCUAAACCCAACACUUCUAUAGGAAAGGCGCGAUUACCAGUUCUAGUGUGUUAUGCCAUUGAUCAAACCCCACCUUCAACUGUAAAAGAGGCGUUCCGGUUGGCUGGUAUAAUGCCAGUCAAUCCGGACGUUAUCCAGGAGAGCCAGCUGGUGCCACCAACUUUUGCAGGAGCUGAUCAGCCAAAGGAUGGCGAAAGCUCUCACGAAUCUAGUACCAGGACAUGUGAGACAUGUGGACAAUUUAUAGGUCAGAAUCCACUUGUGAAAAGGGGGAUGAUUCCACCAUCUCUGGCCGAAAUUCUGGUGCCGCCUCCUGUGAAACCACAGACAGAGAAUAAAAAACGCAAAGUUGUGACUUCCGGAAGAGUUAUUUCGGGAGAUGAAAUGCUGAAAGUGUUGAAGGAAAGGGAAGAAGCUGAAGUAAGGCGCGAGGAGGAAAAAAAGAAGCGACAGAUAGAGAAAGAAUCAAGGAGAGAACAGAAAGAGAUAGAACAGGAGAUGAGAACGGCGAAGAGGCAGAAGAAAGAACAGGAGAGAAGUGAAAGGGAGUUGGCAAAAUUAAGAGAGAAGGAGAAAAAGAUCAAGUUCGGAAAACUGGCAGAAAAAAAGUAUACGUAUGGAGUGUGUGGAGUGAGAGGUAGGGUAAAUGACGUGUUGUAUGGUGUUGAAUGGUACGGAUGUGACAAUGAGGAUUGUAAAUCGACUGGAUGGUUCCAUUUUGAGUAUUUGAGUGAGGGGGAAAGGGAUGUGAUUAGGGACAGUUUGGAGGAUGAAGACGUAAGCUGGUUUUGCAAGACUUGUUUCCCCCGAUUUUAUGAAGAGGAAUGAUGACACAGAAAUCUAAGACACAAAUACCAAGACAAUUAAUAGAAAAUAUAUUUACAUUUUUUGAAGAGAUAGAUGGAGCGGGGUUUAUGUGUGGGGGUGGAGAAAGGAGGAUAAUGUGGGCAGGGAGAAUGAGACUAAGCAAGGCAAUUUCAAGAAACUAUAGUUAAAUAAAAUCAAAACGCCCGCUCGUACCUGAAAUAAUGUACAGAGGGACACAUAGGAUCUUCCUCCGCCAUUGAAGCUGUAUAGUCGCCUUAUUAUGACUUAAGAUGUAAACCUCCAACAAAGAAAUAGAACCCAUGACUGAUUAAUAGAAAAUCUUCGUUUUCUACAAAACACAGUAACACUGUUUAGGUUAACUGGCUGCGGGUAUAUAGUAAGUGACACGGACAGGUUUAAGUCUCUAGUGUGCAUCCCUUUAUAUGAACUGGCUUAACAAGAUCGGUGCAGCUCACAUUACUCGCAUGUGCAUCAUCAAAUUGUGAUUGAAUAUCUUUCAACUGUCGGGGUUCGAUCCUUUGGUGGCAAGGCAUUUUUAAUUUGGCAUGUAUCUUACAUUUUCCCAUUACAAAAAUAUAUUUUGUAGCAGCUUUUACUGAAAUGAAACAGAUUGGGCUCGUCUGGGCUAGUUUAGCCUGUAUAUUUGAUGAAAGCCACUCGCUUUUUGUACGCCCGAAGGGACGUAUUAUGUUAUGACCCCGGGGUCCGUUCGUCCGUCCGUUCGUCCGUAAGCAAUUUCGUAUCCGCUCUGUAACUUUUGAACCCCUUGAAGGAUUUCGAAGAAACUUGACACAACUAUUCAACAUGUAUAUUUUAUAUCUGUUUUCCUAUAGUUUUUUAUGCAGAACAUGUCAAAUAACAUUUCUGUUCACGAGAUAAAUGUAUUUCCUACAGCAAAUUAAGAUAUU